AUGGGGAGAAAUCUCAUGGAAGAGCGAAUUAUGGAUGAAUUCAACCUGAGGUUUAGCCAGAUAGAUCUAUUACCACCUGGAAAAAAGCUAUCGAAAACGGCACUUCACCUGCUGGACACCGAACCACGGGACUACGCAGAUGCGUUCAUUCUCAAGAUGAAGGAAGAGGCUAUGAAUGGCGUGAUGGACACAACGUUCGAGUGGGAAAUCCAACGCCAUGCGUCUAUACUAAAUAUGAACUUCUGGAGAUUUUCAAGCGCAGAUGCGGAAAUUGGAGGUUAUGCAGUGCCGAAGCACACCAUUGUAUCAGCGGAGUUGAGCCUAAUCCUUUCCGAUGAAGCGAUAUUCCCCAAUUCCAAGGAG